UAGACCUGGCACUCUGAUAGACGGAGAGAGCCCGAGGGGACCUACUAAUGACGAGCCGGGAAUGGAGACGCUCCCGGAGGAAUAACGCGCAGGAACACGAUGCCCGGUCCUAGUUCCGCUUUUACGCGUCACGGCUUCUGCUCCUCCGCUCCGUCGGUGACCGGGUUCCGCGGCGGAGAGAAAGUCCACCGACAGCCGAUCUUUUCCUGCGGUGGCCGCCGGCAGCUGAGACCCAGGUCUUGCCUUCACUACAACAUGCACUAGAGGAACCAGUUCCCCCCUGCCCCCCCCCACAUCCAGCGUCCCUCUGAAGAGCAGAUCCCCCCCCCCCCCCGACAUGGCCUCCUCCCCGAGGCUGGACGCUAACCCGUUACCGCUGCUUCAGCUCCAGGAGGUGGACUCCAGCAGACCCUCAGAGGGGCCCGGCCCCCGCGGACCCCCGCCCGACGUGUACAGCCCCCCCCGGGGCAUGGACGGCCAGGCCGUCUGCAUCCCCUCCCCGUACACGGACAGCGGCCACGAGUACAACCACGGCCCGCUGACCUACUACAGCCCGUCCGUGCUGAGCUACGCACGGCCGCCCGUCACCGACAGCCCGUCGUCCCUGUGCCCCCCCCUCAGCCCGUCGGCCUUCUGGCCCUCCAGCGGCCACCCCGGCAUGCCCUCGGUGACUCUGCGCUGCCCCCAGCCCCUCCUCUACAGCGAGCCCGGCCCCCACGCGCCGUGGCUGGAGGCCAAACCCCACGGCCUGGCCGGCAGCUCUAUCAUCAGCUGUAACAAGGCGCUGGGAAAGAGAUCCGGGGAAGGAGCGGAAGGCGUGAACUCCUCCUUGUGUUCGUCCGCGGUGGGAAAAGCCGACAUGCACUUCUGCGCCGUGUGCCACGACUACGCCUCGGGCUACCACUACGGCGUGUGGUCCUGCGAGGGCUGCAAGGCUUUCUUCAAGAGGAGCAUCCAAGGACACAACGACUACAUCUGCCCCGCCACCAACCAAUGCACCAUCGACAAGAACCGACGCAAAAGCUGCCAGGCCUGCCGCCUGCGGAAAUGCUACGAAGUGGGCAUGAUGAAGUGCGGUGUACGACGCGAGCGCUGCAGCUACCGAGGAUCCCGACACCGCCGCGGUGGGCUCCCGCCCCGGGAUCCCUCCGACAGGGGUUUGGUCCGGGCGGGACCGGGUGCCCGAGCCCAGAGGCACCUCCACCUGGAGGCUCCGCUCGGCACGCUCACCCCGCUGCCCCAGGCGCACCACGCCCACCACUCGGCCAUGAGCCCCGAGGAGUUCAUCUCCCGCAUCAUGGAGGCGGAGCCUCCGGAGAUCUUUCUCAUGGAGGACCUGAAGAAGCCCUUCACCCAGGCCAGCAUGAUGAUGUCCCUCACCAACCUGGCCGACAAAGAGCUGGUGCUCAUGAUCAGCUGGGCCAAGAAGAUCCCGGGCUUCGUGGAGCUGAGCCUUGCGGACCAGAUCCACCUGCUCAAGUGCUGCUGGCUGGAGAUCCUGAUGCUGGGGCUCAUCUGGAGGUCGGUGGAUCAUCCCGGGAAGCUCAUCUUCUCUCCGGACUUCAAACUGAACCGGGAGGAGGGACAGUGUGUGGAGGGCAUCAUGGAGAUCUUCGACAUGCUGCUGGCCGCCACCUCGCGCUUCCGUGAGCUGAAGCUCCAGAGGGAGGAGUACGUGUGUCUGAAGGCCAUGAUCCUCCUCAACUCCAAUCUGUGUACGAGCUCCCCUCAGACGGCCGAGGAGCUGGAGAGCCGCAGCAAGCUGCUGCGUCUGCUGGACUCUGUGAUCGACGCGCUGGUCUGGGCCAUUUCCAAACUGGGCCUGUCCACCCAGCAGCAGACGCUCCGCCUGGGACACCUCACCAUGCUGCUCUCCCACAUCCGCCACGUCAGUAACAAAGGCAUGGACCACCUGUCCACCAUGAAGAGGAAGAACGUGGUGCUGGUGUACGACCUCCUCCUGGAGAUGCUGGAUGCCAACACCACCACAACCACCAGCAGCAGCAGCGGCGGCAGCCAACGGUCGUCCUCGCCGAGCUCCGACACCUUCUAUGACAACAACCAGUAUGCCGCCCCCCCGCCGCCGCCGGCCCACCAGCAGCCCGCCGGCCAGGGCCCACGUGGACCCCCCGAGGACCCCAUGCUGGACGGACACCAGGAGGCCUCGCCGCCGUUUCAGAGCAACGACUACGUCCCCCCCGAGCUGUGGUCACUGCAUCCGGGACACGGCUGUCCGUCCACGGAUUACAUCUUGGCCAAUCGAGUCGCCGUGGAAACGGCCUUGGAGGGCUGAGAGGACUGAAAGAGACUCACUGAGACUGAGCCUUCAAUGGCUUUCCUCCACCCAAAGAUGCACACGAGGAUAAAAAAAAGAA